GAGUUGGUUUCUCACUCUUCAGGCAGAUGAUGUCAGUGCGUUAUUGACAGCGGCAAUGCCUCCUUCUGCCUUACCAACUUGCUACAAACCUCAGGUCAUAAGUGUGUCUCAGACUACAGGUUCUGCAGCUGAUUCCCUGUCUUCUGUUCCAUCCAGUCCAUCCAGUCUGUCUGCUGCAAGUAGUCUUGACAACUUGUCUGGUAGUUUUUCUGAGCUCCCCUCUGUUGUUGGUACAAACUGUGCAGAGGGAGCUACUGUUUUGGAGAAAAAAGAAGUUUCAGGUGUAGAUUUUAGCAUUAAUCAGUUUGUGCGGAACCUUGGCCUUGAACAUCUAAUUGACAUAUUUGAGAGAGAACAGAUAACGUUGGAUGUAUUGGUUGAAAUGGGACACAAAGAAUUGAAGGAAAUUGGAAUUAAUGCUUAUGGCCAUAGGCAUAAAAUUAUCAAGGGAGUUGAAAGACUUAUUUCUGGACAACAAGGACUUAACCCAUACCUGACUCUAAAUACUUCUGGUAGUGGAACUAUUCUCAUUGACCUUUCCACUGAAGAUAAGGAAUUUCAGUCAGUAGAAGAAGAGAUGCAGAGCACUGUCCGGGAGCACAGAGAUGGAGGACACGCUGGUGGAGUCUUCAAUAGAUACAACAUUUUAAAGAUUCAGAAAGUGUGCAACAAAAAACUGUGGGAAAGAUACACUCACAGGAGGAAAGAGGUCUCUGAAGAGAAUCAUAACCAUGCUAACGAAAGGAUGCUGUUUCAUGGCUCCCCAUUUGUGAAUGCAAUCAUUCACAAAGGCUUUGAUGAGAGACAUGCCUAUAUAGGGGGCAUGUUUGGAGCUGGGAUUUAUUUUGCUGAAAAUUCUUCCAAAAGCAAUCAGUAUGUGUAUGGAAUUGGAGGUGGCACUGGAUGUCCAAUUCACAAAGAUAGAUCUUGUUAUGUUUGCCACAGGCAGUUGCUCUUCUGUCGUGUGACAUUGGGCAAGUCUUUCCUGCAGUUCAGUGCUAUGAAAAUGGCUCAUUCUCCCCCAGGACAUCACUCAGUUACUGGGAGACCCAGUGUAAAUGGAUUGGCAUUGGCAGAGUACGUCAUUUACAGAGGAGAGCAGGCUUAUCCAGAAUACUUGAUUACUUACCAGAUCAUGAAACCGGAAGCCACCACUGAAGCUUAAAACAAGUUAUUUGUGGGAAACCAUCAGACUUUGGAUGAGAAGAUACCAGUGGCUGCCAUCCUGUUAAUUACAAGUUUUUGUUGAAAAACUUCCAUUCACAGGUGGUGUGGUAGCAAAUGUGAACAAAAUAUACCAGUUUUGACUUGAUAAAGCUUUAAUAAUGUACAGUAUGUUUUUCUAAAAUUUCAGAAAUGUCCUCUUUUUCAGCACUUUAACAGAUACUGUUCCAGGCAUAAACUGGGGUUUGGCUGUACUAAAUUAUAAACAAAAUUAUCUUGAAACAAUGGUUUUAUACAAUACUGCAUUCAAAUUUAGCAGAAAUUGUAAUGCUCUAUACAGGAACUCAUUUUACUAAUAUUGUGUUCUUUAAAACACUGCAUUUACACUGAAAACGUUUUCAUUUGUAAAACUGUAAAUAAGAGCUUUUGUACUAGCCUGGUAUUUAUUUACAUUGCUUUGUAAUAUACGUGUUUUAGAACUGCAAUCUUGUACAAAAUGUUCUUUCCAGAUGUUGGGGUUGUUCAUCUGUUUUUUCUCAUGCAAGAUAGAUUUGAAAAGGCAAUUUUUUUCAGGUUUUAUCACUUAAUUGUGGGGGAGAAAACAAAUUUUAUCUGAAGAGGUUUAGAAAUAUCCCACUUAAGAUUUAAUACACAAAUUUUUGUUCUGUAGUUUUAUUUAUGAAAUAUACAUUCCUGAGAAUGAUGGGCUAUGAAUAGAAUGUUCCAGAUGAAUACUAAAGUGGUUUUCCACCUACUUCCUAGAGUUGCAUAUUUUAUUCCUGUAAAAUGUCUUUUGAAGUUUUUUAUUUAACUGUAGGAAUAGUUAGCCCAUAUCCUCACUUCAAGGCUAGAAGACCUUGCAAGUUACAGUUUUAGUAAAUUAUUUCCUUUGAAUGUAGAUGGAAAAUUAACCUCAAGGAGUUCUUUCUUGAGUUUCUCUUGCUUACAUUUAAGCCAGGAAGUUAAAUAUUUUAUUCCUAAUAUGAGGGCAAAAAACUUGGCCUAUUUUGUACGCUUAUUUGGUAGAUUAAUCUACCUGUUGGUGCCCUGAGAAUAUGAGUAUUGCAAGGCAGAAAUGUGAAAAGCCAUCCUGUCAUCUCCGGUGUCUCUUCCAUGUUAACGUUCAGGCUGUAGUUGGGGCAGGUGUGUUGGGGUGUGUUUAUCUGCUUUCAGCUGAGUAGGGCUGUUUGGAGUGUGUGGUUCUGCUCCCAGCUCGGCCAGCAGGGCAAGAGUGAGUGAGUGGGAUGAGCAGCUCCUCCACAGCAGCAGCUGCCUUUGGUAGCCCUGGUAAGCCCUCUGUGACAGAGGGAGAGUGCAAAAGGUCCAAGUCUCGUUCAGGGUUACUGAAUGCACUCAUCAGUUCUGUCAGCACUAUCACAGCUCUCCUCUGUAUUCUUUCUGCUUCUCUUCCAUCUGCAGUUUUUAUCUACAUAUUUCAAAAGUGUGUAAAUACAAAUUAUAGUUUACUUGGGGUUAAAGUGGGUAGGAGUAUAUUUUAGUUGUUUAGUAUUUCUACAUACAGAACACUGUCCCAGUAGACAAUUUGUUUGCAGGGCAUGUUAUCAUACCAUGGUUUUAAAUGUAGUAACUGGUCAAGAUAAUGAAAUCCUCUUGCUGAUGUGGUGGUUAUGUGAUUAUGCUCUAUGUAAAAAUGUAUUGAACCUUACCCAGUUGUGUGAGGAAACUGAAUAAUAAGAUUGCAGAAUUCUUGCAGAAAGUAAUAUUGGCUAUGAAUACAAAAGGCUUUGAUUUUUACGUACUUUCUCCCAGCAUGUUGCCUGUUCCUUAGGUAUAGUAAUGCUGGAAUUGGUGUUCCUGCAAAAUCUGUUAAUUAUGUUUAAAACUUUUUUGUUAUUGCUAAAAUGCUUCAUUCUGUAUGAAUGAUCACCUAAUGUCUUGUAAAAUGUUGUGGUAUGAUAGCAUUUUAAGUGGUACCACAAUGUUGGUUUUGUCUGUUUGGGGAUUUUUUGAGCUGUUUUUUUUGCAUGACAUACCUUGCACUCUGAAGAUGGAAGCUGUAAUGAUUUGGUAAUACUGACUAUUGAGGUGAACCUUUAAUCCCUUGUGCAAUUAGUUCUGCUUUACUCAUCCUGAAGUGUCUUUACAUGUACUGUAUGACAUUCCAUAUCCAUAACACUAAAUAAAUUUAAUUCACUGGUUUUCUGGUAGCAUGGGAGUAAUUACAGAUGUAGGAUGUUAACCAAUUGUUUUAAAUGUAAGCAUGCACAAUAGUAAAACAAAUUACAUCACUGGAGGUGAAAUUAAUUCCAUUAAAUAGAAAAGCUUUUAACUUGGAAAAAAAGCUGUAAAUACUGUGGAAACUUGUAGUUUGACACAUGGCUAACCAACAGCUUUAGCUAGCAGUGAAAAUGUUUUAAUAAUAAAUCCAAAAGUGAGGUUCAAUUUGUGCACUUAAAACUCCAUUAUAUGGUCCAAAACUGAAAAAGAAAACUCUCUUGCAUUGGGUUUGUAAAAUGAAAAGUAACCUAAAAAGUCUUGCCUUUCAGAUAACUGCAUGGGUAGCAUUAUGGCACGGGAGCAGCAAAAGUAACCGCUUAGAUCACUGGUAGUAUUGCAAUAAGUAAAUCAUUUUAUUUUGGUAGGACCAUUUAUAUGAUAGAAGGUUUCCAAAACCAGGCUUGUAUAGAAGACUUAUACAGACAUGAGCACUAGAGGGCAGGAAAGCAAAUGUUUGGUAAGUUUAAGGGUAAUGAAAAUCUUUUAAAGUAUCUUGGGAGCACAACUUCUGAUAAAAUUGCUCCUGAAAAGUCCACCUAUCUAGGUUGCAAAAAAUUAACAUUAACUUUCCAUUAUGCAUUAGUGUGGGGGUUUUUUUAAUUAAUAAUUACUAUAAAAACAAGUGGUGCAACUAAGCAAAUUGAAAAUAUUAGGGUUUUUUCUU